UUUAAUCAUAACAACAUUUGUGCUUAACUUAAUCUUGUGUUGUAGUUGUGCGUCCAAAUUCAUUCAAAAACCUCAAACAAAAUGUUCAAAUUGAUCGUUACCCUGUCUGCACUCUGCGCCGUCGCCUCCGCUGGCUAUCUGGGUGGUUAUGGUCUCGGUGGACACGGUUUGGGUUAUGGCUUAGGUUAUGGCGGUUACAGUGGUAUUGUUGCACCAGCCGCCUAUCAUGCUCCCCUUGUGGCAUCAGCGCCAAUUGUGAAAACCUACAGCGCACCAAUUGUAGCCGCACCCAUUGUGAAGACUAUCGCGCCUGUUGCUACCUCAUACGCCAACACCUACAAAGUGGCCACCAAAGCGAUUCCUGUAGUGCACGCUGCUCCAGCCGUGUAUGCCGCGCCUGCCUACCACACUGCCUCCACCUAUCACGGUUCGUUGAGUCCCUAUGGUCUUAACUACGGUAGUUAUGGUCAUGGUCUGCUGCAUUAAGUGUGCUUAUUGGUUUAGCGAAACGUGUAUGAACGAUAUUGGAAAAGGAUCAUGAAAAGGAUAAUGAGAUUUUUGAUAUUACUAAAACCGAUGAUGGAAGUUGGUUUUCUUUUUUACUCGUCGUGUCAUCUUUCAUUCAUACAUUAUAAAUUCUACAAGACAUUAUUAUCUCCUUAAAUCCUGUGAGCAUCGAGUGAGUUUAGAGUGAGACUUUAUCGAGUGUACAGGCUAUUCUUUUCAUGGAGUUCACACAAGCGUGAGUGUAAGCAGUUGUUGGAGUGAGUGAAUUAAAGAGUUAUCAAAUGCAUUGACUAAGUGCCCGAUUUUUAUGUAUUUGUUUCUGAGUGUAUUUUUUAUAUAGUUUUAAAUAAAUU